UCGUCGUGACGUCGUACGCAAUAGCUCGUGUGGUUACCAGAGGGAAAUACUACUGACAUUUUUCUGUAUUAGUUCUUAGUUUCGAUACACCAGGUGGAUCUCGUAUUUAUUUUAAGGCGUUAACUUACCCCCAAAAGAAUUAGCUUCUUAGAGACGCAUGCUUUGAAGUUAUGCUGCAGUUUGAAUAUUGUUUUAAUAUUACAGAUUUUUUAAGAUAGCAAACGUGCUUAGAAGAUGUCAACAAUGUGGAGUCUACGAAUCUGUCAUCUUGACCAAAGUAUUUAAGAUACAUCUUGCACCUGAUGCCAAUUCAGCAAUUGACAAUUACUUCCAAACCAUCCAUCUUCCAUGGUGAUAAUUUCCUAGUCAAAACAGCUAAACAAAUGCAUGAGACCAGUGACCUUAUUACAGGAUCUUCUCCCCAUUCCUAAUUUUAACCUCCACUCUGCUUUUUCAUGACUUAAUUAUUCCCAGCCCUGAACCUGACACCCUCUUAUAAACCUGUCCCCACCCCGUCGCCCAUCAGACCUGCAGCAUUGCCAUGCUGGGCUGUCUGCUGCGUAGGAGCAUGUCUCACAGACUGAGUGUGUUUCUGGUAGUCUUCGGCCUGGCCUGGUGUCUGCUGCUGCUUCACUACACCAUCACACAACCACGGCGCCAGAGCAGCGCAGAGCUCCGCCAACAGAUCCUCGAGCUCAGCCAUCGCUAUGUCAAAGUCCUUAGUGAGGAGAACCAGAACCCUUCAGGGCCCCAUGGCAUCUCCAUGGCAGGAUAUGCUGACUUGAAGAGGACAAUUGCUGUGCUGUUAGAUGAUAUUCUCAACCGUUUGGUGAAGUUGGAGGGGAAAGUGGAGGCUGCUGUGAAUGCCUCUAUACAGAACAUCUCCCAUCCUGCUGUUGGUGCCAGCACUCUCCUUGCUGCCAGAGUCACUGUUUCCAGGUCCACCAAACAAAAUAGGUCUGCCCACCGGCCAGAGAGACGUAGUUACCCUCUGUACUUCCUGUCACAAUCACCUGACAGGUCACAUAAGCCGCACUCUUUGAAAUAGGAAACUGUGGCUAUGGACAUCUUCUGCAUCACUGCAGCAAAGACUGAGAUACAGAGAUAAAUAAAUAAACGUGUGUGUGUGUGUGUAUGUAUAUAUAUAUA